UCACUCGGGCGGCGGCCGGCGGCGGGCGAGGAGACGGGGGCGAGCCCUCCGUGCCGGGAGAGCCAGCGGAGCCAUGGUGUCAUGGAUCAUCUCCAGGCUAGUGGUGCUUAUAUUUGGCACUCUUUACCCAGCAUAUUAUUCUUACAAAGCCGUGAAAUCGAAGGACAUCAAAGAAUAUGUCAAAUGGAUGAUGUACUGGAUAAUAUUUGCGCUCUUCACGACAGCAGAGACGUUCACGGAUAUCUUUCUUUGUUGGUUUCCAUUCUACUAUGAACUCAAAAUAGCUUUUGUAGCUUGGCUGCUGUCUCCAUACACUAAAGGCUCCAGCCUCUUGUACAGGAAAUUUGUUCACCCAACUCUAUCUUCAAAAGAAAAGGAGAUCGAUGACUGCCUCGUCCAGGCGAAAGACCGGAGCUACGAUGCCCUCGUGCACUUUGGGAAGCGGGGCCUGAACGUCGCGGCCACAGCAGCUGUCAUGGCAGCUUCCAAGGUCUCUCAACUACUUCAUUUACACUUGUAUUUGGACCAGAAAAAAGGGCAGGGACAGGGGGCCCUGUCUGAGAGACUAAGGAGCUUUAGCAUGCAGGAUCUCUCAACAAUUCGUGGUGACAGCAGCAGCACUGUUCCUCCUUCGGUCACUGUACGAACAAGUAGCAAACAGAGCCAGCCAAAAACAUCCAGAAGUGCAUCGGAAGGUACUGGCAGCUCAGUGUGCACGUGUUGCUCAGUAUGCCGACUCCUCAGAGAUGUGAACGAUAAAUAUGAAAAGCCACUUGAGGCAAACUGUGAAACGAAAGACUCUGUGUUCUCAGAUGAUGAAGAGAACGAUUUAUUGGAUAGUGCAUCCAUGAACAAAAGGCCUAAAAAGAAGGAUCAACCCCUUGAGGCACCGCCUAGGACCCUUAGACCUCGCAUCAGGAAGAAAAGUACCUCGUCCUCUGCCACUGAAACAAUGUGAGUGCAAUGAGCCAAUAGCACCAAGAUCCACAGAAUGUCUCUCUUCUGCCUUAAGGAGCUACUCGUUCAUAAUGUAGGAAGCAGCAGUGGGAUGGAUGUGCUUUGAUGUGCAGCGUUGCAGACAUGGCCUCCCUCGCUCCUGUCUCUGUUCCCCGUUCCACGCUUCUCGCGUCUCUCAGCAGCAGUUAGGGCAGUGUGACAGACACCUGCAGAUGAAGAGUUCUUGUUUUGUUUGCAGUGUUCCCCCACUCACGCUCGUCCUUAAGGCUGUACAUUGACAGUUCUCAUUGUGUCUGCAUAGCUCAGCUCUGUGAAUGCACAGCAACAACAAAAGUCAUCAGUUGCUCGUGAUGAUACUCGACAGUGUAUUUAUUUAUCAUUAAGGAAGUGGAUUUGCAGAAGCCAUGGAUUUCUCUUCCCUCUCUUCCUCCUCAAGCCUGUGAAUGAUGUAACAAAUGCCUGAGUGCUUUAGCUGUUUGAAAAUGUCCAAGAGUCAUUAGGAAAAGCUGAGCUGUCAAGCUGUUUCUGCGAGUGGAUCAAAUGUAUUCUGAUUAAAUCAUUGUGCUAAAAAGACACAGAGACAGAACUUAGGAUGAGGAAGAGAUGUGCAAGAGAAAAUGAUUGGUUUCAACAAUGUAAUGAAGGGGGAGUCUUAAUUUUGAUCAUCCUGAGCCAGGAGAAUAUUGUGUGGAAAAUGAUGGCGGCUACAAAACUGGAUCGUAUCGCUUGCGGCAAGUGUUCUACUGGCAGUUCUGGAGCACGAGCAAGGCAGUCGUGUAGUAGCUGCAGCAGCACAUUAGAAUUGCUUUAGUAACUCGCUUCCAGGGGAAAAUGAACUGUUCUCCCCUAACAGUGCCAGUCCCAGCGUUCUGCUUUCCUGGUGUGGUGCUGGAGUUUUCCUUCCACGAGCAGAGCAGGACGCUGGAGCUCAGCUGCUUUUUGAAGCCUGGAGUUUUGCCUGUAGCAUGGAGUUUGGUUAGAACCACGAGAACCAGGUGGAGUGUUGUAUUUGUAUCCAUAUAUAACGAGAAAUAUAAAAGAAGAGGAAGAUGUUGUAGGGUUUGUGUAUUUGUGCUUCAAGUUGGUGUCUCUUGUAAGUGUUAAGCAUGUGAAAUUCACACAGAAGUUAAUUACGUGGCCCUUUGUGUUUGCUCUUGGACCUGUGUCAUAGAGUAGGAAAGCAUUUAGCUUUACAUGCAUGGAACGUGCCCUCACUGAUGAUGCCGGGCCGCAACCCGAGAAGCACGAUUAACCUGAGGUGCAGCAGCUUGGGAUGCCAGUGGCCGGUUGGAGUGUAUCAGGCUCAGAGAUAAAUCUGAAGUGGCCUUUAAAACCUUUUCUCUGCCAGAUAUGCAUCAGCAGCCUCGCUGUCCCUGCCUGAUGCAUCCUCGAGGUCUCCCCAGAGCUUCCAGUGCAUGUGGGGAAGAGAGAAAUAACCCUG